CUGCGAGAUCAUGACCUGAGCCUAAGUCAGAUUCUUAACCAUGCUUAACCGGCUGAGCCACCCAGGUGCCCCAAGGGCCCUUAGUUUCUUAAGAAGGGCAGCUUACCUUCUCAGUGAGGUGUUGCAGGUUCUCUAUAGCUUCUCUCCAUGAGAGAUAUACCACUGGGAUGGGGGAAGGCCAGUGGGGGGUGUGUGUGGGGGGGUAGGAAUUGGUGGAACCUGAUUCUUCUUCCACCCAUCCCACAAGCUUCAGGGUGGAGGGUGUGACAGACACUGCCUACACUUGUUGCCACCUUGUGCGGUCCCUGUUGGGCACCAAGCAGUAUCCUAGACGGAGCACUUUCCUGAGAAUUCCAUUUCUGGGAUGAAGACUUGCCCUCAUUUGGCAAGUGUCCCCAUGGAAUUGGUGGUUGAAGGUUGGUGUGGUUAUAGGAGGAAGAGAGACCCAGUAACAGGAAGGACCCUUUCCUCUCUCUGCUCUGUUGCUGGAACUGUUUGUUUUUCCAGUGACCCACCUUGGCAGUUUCCCAGGGUGACUGUUGCUUACUCCCUUGUUACUGUAGAGAAAACCCAAAACUGUUGCUCCAGAGUCACAUUUGGAACUGUGGCAGGGUCAUUCUCAACCCCUUUGCCUUCAGGUUUGGGGCCCUAGAUCUAAGGCUAUUCAGGAGAGCCAAAUGGUUUACUACAAAGGGGUCUUCUGGUGUGCGCAGCUGGGGCUGGAAGAGGACCAGCCUCAGCCUCGUGGAUGGGCGGUACCAGAUGAUUUGACGACUUCAGGGUAACAUCCAAGCCAUAGUUGCACUGGAUCACUGGGAAGUGUCAAGUGUGCUGGCAAAACCAGGAGCACCAAUCAAUACCCAAGCUCUAAAAAAUAAAACAAUAAAGUAAAAUCCCACUUUGAGGUCCACAAUGCCCUUGCUCACAUGGGACUUACUGAGUUAAAGAGUUGUGCGCACAAGGAAUGGAACUCCCUGGCAGGGUCAAGGCAGACCUGGCCAGGGCUUUCUUCCAGUCUAUUCUAUCCUGCCGUGAACAUUCUGAGGAACUACAGGGUUAGGGGCUUAGCUGGGAUAAGGGACACUCCGAGGGACUUGGGGUGGGGGGUGGGGGCUAAACAAACUGGACAGGUGCACUACAUAUACAGAAACCCAACCCUGAGACCCAAAGAGGGCCGGAUCUGGAGGGGAGAGACUCGGUGGGACAAGUGUCAGGCUGCUGGUCUCUGUCUGACGUGCUCCAGCAGAAGCAGCAGGAAGGAACAACAUUGACCUUUGAGUGACAGGAUGAGAGCAAAGUGCCCCCACCCUCCGCUGGUUGCUGCUAGAGUUGCGCUGGUGCUGAGGAGGGAAGAGGCGACGGAUGCUGAGCCAGGUGGAGGCUUGUCUUUUGUAGAGCACGACUGGGGGCUCCUGCAGACAGUGCCUCAGUUUCUCCCUUUUUCUCAAGGUUGCAGGUAAAGUUUGAGCUAGCUGCCCUGGAUGAUCACCUGUCUUGAAAUGAGAGGUGUGCGUGUGAGAGGGAGAGAGGGUGAGCAGAGCGUGCUUGAGCAAAGGAGGAAUCGGGCCAUGCCCCAGGACUUGAGCCAUCUCUGGCACAAAAGGAGUUAAUGGCAGGGACCGCGCCCCCCCGUGUCCGGGCACGCGCAGCGCGCCCCCUCGGUGCGCGGGCACAGCAGCCAGGCUGCCGGAGAGCAGAUCUCGGGGAUUCAGGUGCGGAGCCCUUGGCCUGGAGGCGAUAUGGGUGGUCCGCGGCCCGGUUCAGUCGCCCGCAACAGCCCGGGGAACAGGCCUGUCUGGCCCUGAGGGAGUCCCCUUUGUGAAGCUGUGGUGCUUGGACGACCUCUCUGCAUUGCGGGGCACCUGUAGGUGUCCCUCGAGAGCUCAGUCUUGAGGUUCAAGUCAGUGUGGCCAUGAAGGGGCUGCCUAUGGGGCUGAUGCUGUGACCCUGGAGUCUGCCUUUCCUGCCAGUCCCCCUGCCCGGAACAUGUGGCUGCGGCUUGGCCCGCCCUCGCUGUCCCUGAGCCCCAAGUCCACCGUUGGCCGGAGUCUGUGCCUCACCCUGUGGUUCCUCAGCUUGGUGCUGAGGGCCAGUACCCAGGCCCCAGCGCCCACAGUCAAUACUCACUUUGGGAAGCUAAGGGGUGCCCGGGUACCAUUGCCCAGUGAGAUCCUGGGGCCUGUGGACCAAUACCUGGGGGUGCCCUACGCAGCUCCCCCCAUCGGCGAGAAACGUUUCCUGCCCCCCGAGCCACCCCCAUCCUGGUCGGGCAUCCGGAACGCCACGCACUUUCCCCCAGUGUGCCCCCAGAACAUCCACACGGCUGUGCCCGAAGUCAUGCUGCCCGUCUGGUUCACUGCCAACCUGGAUAUUGUCGCUACUUACAUCCAGGAGCCCAAUGAAGACUGCCUCUACCUGAAUGUCUAUGUGCCCACGGAGGAUGGAUCCGGCGCUAAGAAACAGGGCGAGGACUUAGCGGAUAAUGACGGGGAUGAAGAUGAAGACAUCCGGGACAGUGGCGCUAAGCCCGUCAUGGUCUACAUCCAUGGAGGCUCUUACAUGGAAGGGACGGGCAACAUGAUUGAUGGCAGCGUCCUCGCCAGUUAUGGCAACGUCAUCGUCAUCACCCUCAACUAUCGUGUUGGGGUGCUAGGUUUCCUGAGCACUGGCGAUCAGGCUGCCAAGGGCAACUAUGGGCUCCUUGACCAAAUCCAGGCCCUCCGCUGGGUGAGCGAGAACAUUGCCUUCUUCGGUGGUGAUCCCCGCCGAAUUACCGUCUUUGGCUCAGGCAUCGGCGCAUCCUGUGUCAGCCUCCUCACGCUGUCGCAUCACUCUGAGGGGCUUUUCCAGAGGGCCAUCAUCCAAAGUGGUUCUGCUCUGUCCAGCUGGGCUGUGAACUACCAACCAGUGAAGUAUACCAGCCUGCUGGCAGACAAGGUAGGCUGUAACGUGCUAGACACGGUGGACAUGGUGGACUGUCUUCGUCAAAAGAGUGCCAAGGAGCUGGUAGAGCAGGACAUCCAGCCAGCCCGCUACCACGUGGCCUUUGGCCCUGUGAUUGAUGGCGAUGUCAUUCCUGAUGACCCUGAGAUUCUCAUGGAGCAGGGCGAGUUUCUCAACUAUGACAUCAUGCUAGGUGUCAACCAGGGCGAGGGGCUCAAGUUUGUGGAAGGGGUGGUGGACCCUGAGGAUGGUGUCUCUGGCACUGACUUUGACUAUUCAGUCUCCAACUUCGUAGACAAUCUGUAUGGCUAUCCUGAGGGUAAGGACACCCUGCGGGAGACCAUCAAGUUCAUGUACACAGAUUGGGCAGACCGUGACAAUCCUGAGACCCGCCGCAAAACACUGGUGGCGCUCUUCACUGACCACCAGUGGGUGGAGCCCUCGGUGGUGACCGCUGAUCUGCAUGCCCGCUACGGCUCACCUACCUACUUCUACGCCUUCUACCAUCACUGCCAGAGCCUCAUGAAGCCUGCUUGGUCAGAUGCAGCUCAUGGGGAUGAAGUACCCUACGUUUUUGGUGUCCCUAUGGUAGGUCCCACUGACCUCUUCCCCUGCAAUUUCUCCAAGAAUGAUGUUAUGCUCAGCGCUGUCGUCAUGACCUACUGGACCAACUUUGCCAAGACCGGGGAUCCCAACAAGCCGGUCCCCCAAGAUACCAAGUUCAUUCACACCAAGGCCAACCGCUUUGAGGAAGUGGCCUGGUCCAAAUACAAUCCCCGAGACCAGCUCUACCUUCACAUCGGGCUGAAACCAAGGGUCCGCGAUCAUUACCGGGCCACUAAGGUGGCCUUCUGGAAACACCUGGUGCCCCACCUAUACAACCUGCAUGACAUGUUCCACUAUACGUCCACAACCACCAAAGUGCCGCCCCCGGAUACCACCCACAGCUCCCACAUCACCCGCAGGCCUAACGGCAAGACCUGGAGCACCAAGCGGCCAGCAAUCUCCCCUGCCUACAGCAAUGAGAAUGCCCAAGGGUCCUGGAACGGGGACCAGGAUGCAGGGCCACUCCUGGUGGAGAACCCUCGUGACUACUCCACUGAAUUGAGUGUCACCAUCGCUGUGGGGGCUUCCCUCCUGUUCCUUAACGUUCUGGCCUUCGCUGCCCUCUACUACCGCAAGGACAAACGGCGUCAGGAGCCCCUGCGGCAGCCUAGCCCUCAGAGGGGAGCCGGGGCCCCUGAAUUGGGAGCUGCUCCUGAGGAGGAGCUGGCAGCAUUACAACUGGGCCCCACCCACCAUGAAUGUGAGUCUGGUCCCCCCCAUGACACACUGCGCCUCACUGCACUGCCUGACUACACGCUGACCCUGCGACGCUCCCCUGAUGACAUCCCACUCAUGACACCCAACACCAUCACUAUGAUUCCCAACUCCCUGGUAGGGCUGCAGACAUUGCACCCUUAUAACACCUUUGCCGCAGGGUUCAACAGUACUGGCCUGCCCCACUCACACUCCACUACCCGGGUAUAGCUCCAGCCUAGAGCACAGCCUAUCUCCUGGCUCCCUCCCUCCCAGAUCCACAAACACACAUGCACACACACACACAGCCACAGACACACAUACACACACAUACACACACACACAUUCAGACAUAUAUGUAUACGCACGCACCCACACCCAACAGCAGACCCACCUGCACAAACAGAUGGACGUGGACAUGCACCCGCAUGUACAAAAACACAAAUAAGGAAGUAAACCUGAACAAACCCUUCAAACGGGGACGCAAAUGAGUCCUUGGGAAACUGAGGA